AUGGCUUUUUUGCCACCUUCGUCGCCCCUGCAUCGCUCACAGGUCCGAAUCGAUCGCAGUGAAUAUGACCGCCUUCUGGUCGUAGCAUCGAAAUAUGACAAUCUUUGCCACCAUCUUAUUCGAGGAGGAGUAGACACAGAUACCAUUGAGACCCUUAGCAAGAACCAUGGUCCUCAAGACCACGAAACCGACUCAUUCGAUAGAGUCGACAACCCUGAUGAUGGAAAACCGGACUCUUCACCCACCAGUACUAUCAUAAAUUAUCGUGGCAGGCCCUACUCCCCCGGCAGCCCUCCUUACGAUGGCAAGGAACACGCGCACCUCACACCGGAGACUGAUACAGAGUCCGAACUCUUCUCCGAGUCCAUCAUGUCGAACGAUCAGAGUUCUUUACAACCAAAUGACUCGGCAUCUGUUGUAGCUACUCGUCUCAUAUAUGAGAAGAACGCUAGAAGGACAUUGUUGCUCAGUGAUCUGCCUCCCCAUACUUCACGUGCCGAUGUUGUUGCUGUUGUUCGCGGCGGUGCUGUCGUGGAUAUACACUUCAUCUUCAAGGAAAAUCGCGCCGCAGUGUCAUUCGUCCAUGGAAGAAAUGCACAAAAGUACUAUGAAUAUGCCCAAGAAAACGGCGUGUACAUCCGGGGAUCCAUGAUCAGCGUUACAUGGAGCCCGCGCCAGUUCGUCCUUGCUACGUACGUAUCUAAACAGUUGCGCGGUGGUGCGUCUCGAAUUCUUGUGGUCCGACACUACGAUCGUCGAAUCACAGCCGAUUCUAUUCGUGCGGAUCUCGAACAUAUCCACAACCUUUCAGUCAUCAGUGUCGUGUUUGAGGGACUCAAUUGCUACAUUAGCAUCAACUCCAUUACUGCGGCGAGCUUUGCGCGCACAUGUAUGAUGAGUCGCUUCCCGUACAGAGCAUCACGCAUUGAGUGGGCUCCAGACGAAUGUAUGCAGUCCCUAGCCCAACUGAAGCCGAAGACGUCGGGGUACGCAUCUACGAGCCAGCCGAAACCUAAUGUCAACCGAUUCUCCCCGCUAGAGGUUGGCGGAGAGGGAGAAACAUAG